AUGACGAACUUUAACAUCCAGAUAAUCUCGGAUAGCGUCUGUCCGUGGUGCUACGUAGGCUUACGCCGUCUGUCCCGCGCCAUCACAACCCAUAAAUCCAUCCAUCCUGCAGACACUUUCACCCUUACCUGGCACGCCUACUACCUGCGACCCGACAGCCCGCCAUAUCCAGGCCGAGACAAGAGGGAGUAUUACAUCAGGCGGUUUGGCGAAGAUGGCUUCUCGCAGCUCUACACCCAAAUGUGCGAGGUUGGACGGCGGGAAGGGAUAGCGUUCAGAUUCUCCGGUAUGGUAGGAAACACGCGGGAUUCCCAUCGGUUGAUUUGGUAUGCCGGACAGAAAGAGAAGGAAGCUGGCCCUUCCAUGACAAUUGAACGGGGUGUAAUUGGCGGCUUGCAGACGCGGGUCGUCGAGAAUCUGUUCCGGUUGUACUUCGAGGAGGGGGGAAAUAUCACGGAUCGAAAGAUACUUCUGGAGGCUGCGGUUGCGGCCGGGUUAGACCACAGUGAAGUGGAGAGAGUUCUGGAGUCGGACGAGGGAGGGCAGGAGGUUGAUGCAGAGGCUGGUCGAGCUCAGGGGCAGUUGGUUACUGGGGUACCUUAUUACACCAUCCAAGGGCAGUAUGCUAUUGGAGGGGCUGAAGAUCCCUCGGCGUUUUUGAAGGCUUUUGAGCAGGUGAAGCAGCAAUCUUAA